AUGGCGUACAACUACUCCAACCCAUUUCAGUCAGCUUCCACUUCCGCUCCUCCCACUCGUCCGUUCAAUCAAUCUUCCUCAUCAAACACGGUCACUUCUCAAGCUCGUCAAGUUCUAUUCUCCGGGCUUCCCGUUGAUAUCACCGAAAAGGAUUUGCGAGAACUACUCUUCGCCGAUCCUUUACGUCUCUCACCGAUAACCACCUCCGUAUCUUGCUUUUGCGGACCGGAUGGUAGGUUUUGUGGAAUGGCUCUGAUUUAUGUCGGGAACUCUGCCGAUGCCGAAAGGAUCAGGUCAACCUAUUCCGGUCAGCAAAUCGAUGGAACCUACACCAUGGCCGUGCAGCACAUUCUACCCUCAAAUCAAACUCUGUCGGCUUUGAAUCAAUCUACUCCCGCUACAUCUGUACCUAAGCCAACGCAGCCUUCCAAAGCUACAAAGGCGAAGUCAAACGGACCUACUGGUCCCUCCAAAGUGGAUGAGAAGCCUGCUGGACUAAAACUUUUGGCACGUUUGAGUAAACCAGCUCAACCAAAGGACAAGCAACUUGCCCUCAUACACAAACAAAAAGCCAAUCUCGCAAAGUCGGGCGCUCCCGGCGCCGCUCUCUUAUCCCGCCUUCAAGCUUCCCCAGCUUCCCGUGCGCCUACUGCUAAAUCCAAAGCAAAACCCCAAAAGCUGUCGACUGGGAAUGCCAAAGUUGGUCGAGCGAAAAGCAAUGUCAGCAAGAACUCGAUGGACGUGGACAAAUCGCCAGUGAACAAAGCUCUGAAGCCAAAGGCAAAGACUCAGGCAGAUUUGGACGAGGAAAUGAGAGCAUACGAAAGGGCGAGAAGAUUCGCUUAA